AGCGCGUAUGACGUCACCUCCCCUGCGCAAGUAGGCGCAGCUGAGCACACGCAGUGAAACACAUACAGGGUUUAUCUUAUUAUCACAGUAUGCAAUAAACAACUGCGGCCAGAAUCCACAUCACUCAGAAAACAGAUAAACAUGGACAAAGGAAACCAUGGUUUUUCUCAUUUCGAUCACUUUCUGCAAAGUCAGGAAUCAUUUGUGGUAAACAAAUUCCAGCAGAAAUACUGGAAAACCAAACAAACACUCAUCAAAGUCACAGGAAAGAAAGAGGACGAACAUGUUGUCGCUUCGGAUGCAGAUCUGGAUGCUAAACUUGAGGUGUUUCAUUCGGUACAAAGAACGUGCAUGGAGCUCCUGAAAGUGAUUGAACAAUAUCAAAGAAGAAUUAGCUUUUUGUCCCAGGAAGAGAAUGAACUGGGUCGGUUCUUGCGUUCACAAGGCUCCCAGGACAAAAGCCGAGCUGGAAAGAUCAUGCAGGCUACUGGAAAAGCUCUCUGCUUCUCUUCACAGCAAAGACUGGCGUUACGCUGCCCGUUGGGUCGUCUUUAUCAGGAGGUGGAAACCUUUCGUUACCGGGCAAUCUCUGACACGUGGCUGACGGUGAACCGAAUGGAGCAGUCACGGACAGAGUACAGGGCAGCUCUGCUCUGGAUGAAGGACGUUUCUCAGGAGCUGGACCCUGACACACAUAAACAGAUGGAAAAAUUUCGCAAGGUUCAAACUCAGGUGCGUCUCAAUAAGACAAGUUUUGACAAACUUAAGAAUGAUGUGUGUCAGAAGGUUGAUCUGCUCGGAGCCAGUCGCUGCAAUCUGCUCUCACACGUCCUGACAACCUAUCAGACAACACUUUUACAUUUUUGGGAGAAAACAUCUCACACCAUGGCUGCCAUUCACGAGAGCUUCAAAGGCUGUCAAUCACAGGACAUUUCAACGACCGGGGGCUCAGAUCAAAGUGCGAAGAAAAAGAUGAAGAAGAAAAUGAAUGCGAAGACAGAGGAGGAGAAGACGCCGCAGAACACAGAAGAGAUGCUUAUUUCAAUUGAAGAAGAAAAUCACAACAGGAACGCCACACCAACAGAAGGUGAUGCGUGUUUGUCCACGAGUCAGGAGAAAGAUGGGUUAAGUCUGUUGAAUGAGAUUCUGGGCAGCAGUUCUCUGGAUGAUGGAGGUUUCUCACAGGAAUGGCAGGAGGUGUUUGGUAAAGAUGAGCAGGUCGGCAGUAACAGAACAGAGAUCCAGCCGGAGGAAGAGUCGGCUUUCUUUCUGCCUUCCAAACUACUCGACCAGAACAUGAAUGAUCUACAGUCCACAGUCUCAGGUUGGGCCAUUUCACCGAAUACUUCUGAAAACACAUCUGUAGCAAACCAAAUCUCUUCCAGAUCUACAGCAACAGAUAAAAACUCGAAAGAUCUCUCGGCUUGGUUCAACCUGUUUGCUGAUCUUGAUCCGCUGUCAAAUCCAGAUGCGAUUGGUCAAACAGAUGAGGAACGUGAACUGCUUAAUGCGUAAUCAUACAGAUGCACUACAUUUUACAUGUGUAAAAGGCCUAGAAAUGUCUGUAUUAGGCGGAUUUCAGAAAUGGUGUUUUAUAUCAUAGUAGUUAACUUUAAUUAUCUUGUGAAAAAAUAUUUGCUGCCAAAGGAAACCAAUAAUAUUCAUUUUCUUUUGAA